AUGGCGCCCAAGUUCGAGCUGAAGACGCCAAAGGGGACGAAGGAUUGGGAGGGCAAGGAUAUGGUCGUUCGCGACAGGAUCUUCAACGCCAUUACCACCGUCUUCAAGCGCCACGGUGGAGUCACCAUCGACACCCCCGUUUUCGAGCGCAGAGAGAUUCUGGCUGGGAAAUAUGGCGAAGACAGCAAGCUCAUCUAUGAUCUGGCGGAUCAGGGCGGUGAGAUCUGUUCUCUGCGCUACGACUUGACUGUGCCUUUUGCAAGAUGGCUCGCCAUGAACAGGGACGUGCAGAACAUCAAGCGGUAUCACAUUGCCAAAGUGUACCGACGAGACCAACCCGCCAUGACCAAGGGUCGCAUGCGCGAGUUCUACCAGUGCGAUUUCGACAUAGCGGGAUCUUACGAUGCGAUGCUGCCUGACGUCGAGGUCAUUCGAAUUAUAACCGAAGUCUUCAACGCAUUAGGGUGGCAAGGUACAUACACGGUCAAGCUCAACCACCGCAAGAUUUUAGAUGGCAUCUUCCAGGUCUGUGGCGUACCAGAUGGACUGAUUACUGAUUCGCGACGUGGAAUAGAGGACAAGAUUCGUACCAUCUCGUCCGCCGUCGAUAAGCUAGAUAAGCUUCCCUGGGCAGAAGUCAGAAAAGAGAUGACAGAAGAGAAAGGCCUCGACGGUGAAGUGGCUGAUCGAAUUGGCGAGUGGGUGGUACUGAAGGGCCAGAAGGAUGUUCUUGAAAAGCUGAGAAGUGAUGAGAAGAUGGCGGCAAACGAGUCCAUGAAACAGGGCAUGGCAGACCUGGAUCUGAUGUUCACCUACUUGGAAAGCUUCAACGCCCUCGACGUCGUAUCGUUCGAUCUGAGCUUGGCACGCGGGUUGGACUAUUACACCGGCAUUAUCUACGAGGUUGUCACUGAAGGGUCGGCACCAUCAACAACGCCUGCGCCUGCCGAGGUAGUGCCCGCUCCCAACAAGAAGAAGAGCAAAUCGACGACGGAUCCUGACGAGGAUCGCUCGUCGGACCCCUCAGUCGGUGUUGGUAGUGUGGCAGCGGGUGGCCGCUACGACAAUCUGGUUGGCAUGUUCUCAGGAAGGACCCAAAUACCUUGCGUUGGCAUAUCUUUCGGCGUUGACCGGAUAUUCUCCAUCACCAAGGCGAGGAUGGCUGCAGACAAGAGCUCACAGCAAGUACGGAAUAACGAGGUUGACGUUUACGUCAUGGCAUUCGGUGGCAAAGGCUUCACCGGUCUACUGAAGGAGCGCAUGUCCGUGUGCGCGACGCUAUGGGAAGCAGGUAUUAAGGCCGAAUAUCUUUACAAGGUGAAGCCGAAAUUGCCCAACCAGUUCAAGGCGGCCGAGGUCAACGGUGUUCCGUUUGCUAUCGUGCUGGGCGAAGAAGAACUUGCAAAGGGUCAGGUGAGGAUCAAGGAGAUGGGUCUCCAGGAAGGACACCCGGAGAAGGAUGGAGUUCUUGUGAGCCUCAGCAAUGUCGCCAACGAGGUUAAGCACAAGCUACUGCGAAAACAAGAACUGGAUGACAUGAUGGUACGUGCAGACGGCCUUCGAGUCGUGCACGGAAUCCGGGGCGAGGAGGUCAAACCUGAGGAGGUCAAGCCUGGCGAGGCACCUGCGGCAGAGGCGCCGGCCGCGCCGGCCGAAACAGCACAGCCGUGA